GCUCUCGGUUAUAAGAUGGCGGCGCUGAGCGGCGGCGGCGGCGGCGGCGGCGCGGAGCAGGGCCAGGCUCUGUUCAACGGGGAUAUGGAGCCCGAGGCCGGCGCCGGCGCCGCGGCCUCUUCGGCUGCGGACCCUGCCAUUCCCGAGGAGGUGUGGAAUCAAAUGAUUAAGUUGACGCAGGAACAUAUAGAAGCCCUAUUGGACAAAUUUGGUGGGGAGCAUAAUCCACCAUCAAUAUAUCUGGAGGCCUAUGAAGAAUACACCAGCAAGCUAGAUGCCCUCCAACAGCGAGAACAACAGUUAUUGGAAUCCCUGGGGAAUGGAACUGAUUUUUCUGUUUCUAGCUCUGCAUCAACAGACACCGUUACAUCUUCUUCUUCCUCUAGCCUUUCAGUGCUACCUUCAUCUCUUUCAGUUUUUCAAAAUCCCACAGAUGUAUCACGGAGCAAUCCAAAGUCACCACAAAAACCUAUUGUUAGAGUCUUCCUGCCCAAUAAACAGAGGGCAGUGGUACCUGCAAGAUGUGGAGUUACAGUCCGAGACAGUCUAAAGAAAGCUCUGAUGAUGAGAGGUCUAAUCCCAGAGUGCUGUGCUGUUUACAGAAUUCAGGAUGGAGAGAAGAAACCGAUUGGCUGGGACACUGAUAUUUCCUGGCUCACUGGAGAGGAACUACAUGUAGAAGUGUUGGAAAAUGUCCCGCUUACCACACACAACUUUGUACGGAAAACUUUUUUCACCUUAGCAUUUUGUGACUUUUGUCGAAAGCUGCUUUUCCAGGGUUUUCGCUGUCAAACAUGUGGUUAUAAAUUUCACCAGCGUUGUAGUACAGAGGUUCCACUGAUGUGUGUUAAUUAUGACCAACUUGAUUUGCUGUUUGUCUCCAAGUUCUUUGAACACCACCCAAUACCACAGGAGGAGGCCUCCAUAGCAGAGACUGCCCUUACAUCUGGAUCGUCCCCUUCUGCUCCCCCCUCCGAUUCUACUGGGCCCCAAAUCCUCACCAGUCCGUCUCCUUCAAAAUCCAUUCCAAUUCCACAGCCUUUCCGACCAGCAGAUGAAGAUCAUCGAAAUCAAUUUGGGCAACGAGACCGGUCCUCAUCAGCUCCAAAUGUGCAUAUAAACACAAUAGAACCUGUCAAUAUUGAUGACUUGAUUAGAGACCAAGGGUUUCGUAAUGACGGAGGAUCAACCACAGGUUUGUCUGCCACCCACCCUGCCUCAUUGCCUGGCUCACUCACUAAUGUGAAAGCAUUACAGAAAUCUCCAGGACCUCAGCGGGAAAGGAAAUCAUCUUCAUCCUCAGAAGAUAGGAAUCGAAUGAAAACACUUGGUAGACGGGAUUCAAGUGAUGAUUGGGAGAUUCCUGAUGGGCAGAUCACAGUGGGACAGAGAAUUGGAUCCGGGUCAUUUGGGACAGUCUACAAGGGAAAGUGGCAUGGUGAUGUGGCAGUGAAAAUGUUGAAUGUGACAGCACCCACACCUCAGCAGUUACAGGCCUUCAAAAAUGAAGUAGGAGUACUCAGGAAAACUCGACAUGUGAAUAUCCUACUUUUCAUGGGCUAUUCAACAAAGCCCCAACUAGCUAUUGUUACCCAAUGGUGUGAGGGCUCCAGCUUAUAUCACCAUCUCCACAUCAUCGAGACCAAAUUUGAGAUGAUCAAGCUUAUAGAUAUUGCACGGCAGACUGCACAGGGCAUGGAUUACUUACACGCCAAGUCAAUCAUCCACAGAGACCUCAAGAGUAAUAAUAUUUUUCUUCAUGAAGACCUCACAGUAAAAAUAGGUGAUUUUGGUCUAGCCACAGUGAAAUCUCGAUGGAGUGGGUCCCAUCAGUUUGAACAGUUGUCUGGAUCCAUUUUGUGGAUGGCACCAGAAGUGAUCCGAAUGCAAGAUAAAAACCCAUAUAGCUUUCAGUCAGAUGUCUAUGCAUUUGGGAUUGUUCUAUAUGAAUUGAUGACCGGACAGUUACCUUAUUCAAACAUCAACAACAGGGACCAGAUAAUUUUUAUGGUUGGACGAGGAUAUCUUUCUCCAGAUCUCAGUAAGGUACGGAGUAACUGUCCAAAAGCCAUGAAGAGAUUGAUGGCAGAGUGCCUAAAAAAGAAAAGAGAUGAGAGGCCACUCUUUCCCCAAAUUCUCGCCUCUAUUGAGCUGCUGGCCUGCUCAUUGCCAAAAAUUCACCGCAGUGCAUCAGAACCCUCCUUGAAUCGGGCUGGCUUCCAAACAGAGGAUUUUAGUCUAUAUGCUUGUGCUUCUCCAAAAACACCCAUCCAGGCAGGGGGAUAUGGAGAAUUUGCUGCCUUCAAGUAGCCACACCGUCAUGGCGACAUCUCCUCUCAUUUCUUAAGUCUUGUGUUCGUACAAUUUGUUAACAUCAAAACACAGUUCUGUUCCUCAAAUCUUUUUUUAAAGAUACAGAAUUUUCAAUGCAUAAGCUGGUGUGGAACAGAAUGGAAUUUCCCAUCCACCAAAAGAGGGAAGAAUGUUUUAGGAACCAGAAUUCUCUGCUGCCAGUGUUUCUUCUUCAACACAAAUACCACGUGCAUACAAGUCUGCCCACUCCCAGGAAGGAAGAGGAGAGAGCCUGAGUUCUGACCUUUUGAUGGUCAGGCAUGAUGGAAAGAAACUGCUGCUACAGCUUGGGAGAUUGGCUGUGGAGAGCCUGCCAGUCAGCUCUGCCCUUCUAACCGCCAGAUCAGUGUGUGGCUGGUCACCUGACGGGGCAGCUGUAAUUGCCAAGCAUCGUUCUCUUUCCUGUUCUGGGAUUUUGUCGUGGAGCUCUUUUCCCUAGUCACCACCGGUUCAUUUCUGAGGGAUGGAACAAAUAUGCAGCAUGGCCUUUCUGUGUGGUGCAUGUCCAGUCUUUGACCAAUUUCUAUCAAGUGAAGCUCUUUUAUUUAAAUGGAGAAUGAGAGGCAAGGAGGAGAUACGAUUUGGUGUAGAGGAAAAGGGAAUGCUGCAUCUUUUUCCUGACCUACUGGGUUUCUGGUCUUUGUUUCCUUGCUCACGGAGGGUGUCUGCCUAACCAAGCAGGCUGGAAAGUGCUGGCACACAUUGCCUUCCUUUCUCACUGGGUCCAGCAAUGAAGACAAGUGUUGGGGAUUUUUUUUUCCCUCCACAAUGUAGCAAGUUCUCAGGAAAAUACAGUUGAUAUCUUCCUCCUAAGCUCUUCCAGUCAUCAAGUACUUAUGUGGCUACUUUGUCCAGGGCACAAAAUGCCAUGGCAGUAUCUGAUUCAGAGCCUACAAAACUGCUUGAUAACAGUUUUGAAUGUGUGAGACAUUUAUGUAAUUUAAAUGUAAGGUACAAGUCUUAAUUUCUGAGUUUUCUUCUAUUAUAUUUUUAUUAAAAAGAAAAUAAUUUUCAGAUUUAAUUGAAUUGGAAUAAAAGAAUACUUCCCACCAGAAUUAUAUAUCCUGGAAAAUUGUAUUUUUGUUAUAUAAACAACUUUUAAAGAAAGAUCAUUAUCCUUUUCUCUACCUAAAUAUGGGGAGUCUUAGCAUAAUGACAGAUAUUUAUAAUUUUUAAAUGAAUGGCACUUGCUGGAUCCACACUAACAUCUUUGCUAAUAUCCCGUGUUUUCCUCCAACUUCUCUACACUCCGUCCUCCGUCCUCUUUCCAGUCUCUUAUCUAGAACGUGCAACCUAAAAUAAAAAUGGUGGUGUCUC